GACUCUAAAUGGAAUAAAUAGCGAGUUAAUGGCCCACCACACGAUUCGUGUCUUACACUGAGAGUGCCAAGGUCCGAGGCCGGCAAGAAAAGCAUACUGUUUGAGCGAUGUGGAAGUUUCAGUGUUGUUCCAGUAAGCUAUUCGCGUGCCUGUUCUUGUUUUUUCUCCAAUCAGCGUGUCCCAAGAACUUGCCAGGUUUGGACAAGGUGGAGCGCGUCGAAGAAGGUGGACUGGGAGAGGAAAUUCCUAUGAAAUGUCAAGACGAGGAAGAAUGUUGGUUGAAGUAUCGAUAUCGAGUGGACAGCUCCAGUCAAGCAGCUAAACGAGAAAAUGGUGAAUGCGACGAUGUACCGGAAAACGAAAAGACAAUUUGUAAUCUCUUCCUCGGCAUUGGCAAAAGAGAGCUCAAUAUUGUUGUUCCAUCAUUAAAAGAAUCUCCUGCGCGUCGAAGUGGCUUAGGGAAUCCUCUGACACGUCAUCUUGAUCUGCCGUGUUGGAAUUAUCCUUUAUGCCAAUACUCACCUCCAGGAAAAAAGAAAUUUAUGGUCAAGAAGGCCGCUCGUGAAACUGGUCGUAAAGAGAAGGUGAAUGCUGUACCGAGCUCUGACACAAACGACCAGGAAUGCGAUACUAAGGACUUGUUUUGUUCUCAUCCUGGAGGUCUUGGUCGAAAACGAUCGAUCCGGUCUAAAUUGACAAAAUUAUACCAAGAUAAUUGUGCGGAUCAAGAAAACAGCUCUACCAAUUUGUGCCGCUGGCCAGGCGGCAGACGAAAAAGAACUUUCUCAAGCCUGGACGAUAACCGUGUUCUAUAAGAGAUAAUUUGAAAAUUGCUGAAUAUUUGUGACUUCUUUAGAGUUUGAAAACAGGACAACACAGAAUAACGAUAUCCAACAUCAAGAAACCCUGGUUUCGCUUGGCUUAUGCAAUUACUAUUCCCUUCACUUCUAAAUAAAACUUGUAAAUUGCUGCUAUGCCAUUAAAACUGAGAAAAUGGA